AUGUCUCACUGUAUGGAACUGAAUAAUGGCGAAAAAAUGCCUUCUAUGGGCCUUGGGACAUGGAACUCGAAAACAGGUGAAGUUGAGAAUGCUGUGAAAGUGGCACUGAAUAGCGGCUAUCGACUUUUAGACUGUGCUCUGUGCUACGGAAAUCAGAAGGAAAUUGGAAAUGCAUUAAAGGAGGUUUUCAAUGAAGGAAAAAUUAAGAGGGAGGAUGUUUUUAUUACAACAAAGCUCUGGAAUAGUUUCCACUCGUUUGAACGGGCAAAGAAAUCAAUUGAUGAUAUGUUGGCUGAAAUGCAGUUGGAUUACUUCAAUUUGUUACUCAUUCAUUGGCCCCAGGCUUACGAAGAAGGAGGAGACUUGUUUCCAAUGGAGGCAGAUGGUGUGCAUGUAAAAAAGGCUGACGUUGAUUAUUUGGAAACAUGGAAAGCAUUAGAGGAAGCUUAUAAGGCGAAAAAAGUUCGGGCGAUUGGGCUUUCCAAUUUUAAUCACAAGCAGAUACAGAGGGUUAUUGAUAAUGCCGAAGUUAAGCCAUCGGUUCUUCAGGUUGAGCUUCAUCCAUAUUUCCAACAGAAGAAAAUUAGAGAUUUUUGUAAAGAGAAAAAUCUAGCGAUCACUGCUUAUUCUCCUCUUGGUAACCCAAACAUGCCUAUCUUUCGUAAUAAGGGUGACCCAAAUAUUUUGGAAGACCCGACUAUAGUAAAAAUUGCUGCUGCUCAUUCCAAAACUCCAGCACAAGUAUGUCUUCGUUGGGCAAUACAAAACAAUAUCAGUGUCAUACCAAAGUCGUCUUCGGAGAAGAGAAUAAAAGAAAACUUCGACAUAUUUAAUUUCACGUUAUCUGCGGAAGAGGUGAAGCAGAUUGAUGGACUAGAUCGCAACUGGCGUAUUGUGAGUGUUACUCGAGAUAACACUCAUAAACAUUAUCCUUUCAAUGAAGAAUACUAA